AUGUACAGUGUCUACCCACUGCCAGGCAACGUCAUCCAAGCACUCAAUGAGAGGAUCAACAGCACAGAUCCAGAUCACUGCAGCUCUAUCCCCGAAGGCACAUUAGGAUACGAUAUGUUUGCGCAGGAGGCAAUGGAGAGACUGAGAUAUCAACCAGUCAAACUCACCGAUAAAUGUGCCGCCAGCAUCGCCACUUACAUCUGUACAAAGGCAUUCAGAAGCCCAUAUCCAAACGUCUUGCCAUUCUGCUCAGAUGUCUGCACAGCUCUGUACAAUGAUUAUACAUGUGGAGGAUAUACCAACUUCACUACUGAGGUGUUUGGACAUCCUUUCACCUAUAUCCCUGCGACUUAUGAGGAGUGCAUCAAGGGUAGUGUCUCAGGCAGCAACUGCACCGCACUGAGUAUGACUGCUCAGCUCAUUGGUUGGCAGUGGGUUGGUCCAGAUGGCGAGUCUGGCAUCGACAUUGACUUGUGA